GUCAUUUUCAAAGACGUGCUCAUUCAAAUGGAAAUAGACUUGCGGACCACCGAACACGAUGUUCAACCCCUCACCGGAUUCGACGGCGAUACAGUAAUGACGGAAGGUACGAUCAUGCUGCCGGUCUAUGUGGGCGGGAAGAUGCAUUGCAUCAACUUUGCUAUCGUCGAUAAGCCGAUCGUAUACAACGUCAUCCUCGGCACUCCUUGGUUGCAUAAGAUGAAGGCCGUGGCGUCAACUUACCACCAGUGCGUAAAGUUCCCAACUCCUAGAGGAAUAUUUACACUACAAGGGGACCCGCUGGUAGCACGAACCUGCUUCAUCAUCGAGCGUCAACAACGCCACGCCCGGACGUUCACCGUUUCGGACUCAGCCGAGCGCCCAGACGGUCGCGUUCGCCCUAACUCCGAAUCAAUCGUCCAAGUAAACAUUGACUCUUCCGACGCAACUCGAUGCGUGGGAAUCGGAGCCGACCUACCACAACCAAUCAAGGACGAGCUCGUAAAGUUCCUGUGCCAGAACGCAGCGACCUUUGCAUGGAGCAUGAACAGUAUGACCGGCAUCGACCCAAAUGUAACAUGCCACGAGCUCAAUGUGGACUCGACGUUCAAACCGAUCAAACAAAGGCGUCGAAAGCUCGGACCGGAACGUACCGCCGCCGUUAACGAGGAGGUCAAGAAAUUACUCGAGGCUGGAUCCAUCCGUGAGGUUAAGUAUCCUGACUGGCUGAGCAAUCCUGUAGUGGUGAAGAAAAAGAACGGCAAGUGGCGAGUGUGUGUCGAUUUUACCGAUCUCAACAAGGCAUGUCCAAAGGAUAGCUUUCCCCUGCCGCGCAUCGACCAACUAGUCGAGGCAACCGCGGGGAACGAGCUCUUGUCAUUCAUGGAUGCGUACUCAGGAUACAACCAAAUUAUGAUGCACAAGAACGAUCAGGAGAAAACGGCUUUCAUCACCGAUCAAGGAACUUACUAUUACAAGGUUAUGCCAUUCGGCCUCAAGAACGCUGGUGCAACCUAUCAGCGCCUCGUCAACCGCAUGUUUGCCGAGCAGCUCGGACGAACCAUGGAAGUUUACAUCGAUGAUAUGCUGGUCAAGUCAACCCAGGCCGUUGAUCACGUCUUGCAUCUCGCUCAGUGUUUUGAAGUGCUAAACCGAUACAAUAUGAAGCUGAACCCAGCCAAGUGUUCGUUCGGCGUGACUUCUGGAGAAUUCUUAGGAUACCUCGUCACGAAGAGAGGUAUCGAAGCUAACCCGAAACAAAUUUCGGCGCUCACCAACCUUCCAUCUCCACGCAACACCCGAGAAGUUCAGCGCCUCACUGGGCGGAUCGCUGCCCUGAACAGAUUUAUUUCACGCUCUACCGAUAAGUGUCUACCUUUCUACCAGUUGCUUCGUAGCAACAAAAAGUUCGAAUGGGAUGAGAAGUGCGAGUCUGCUUUCCAAGAACUCAAGCACUACCUAGCUACUCCCCCUGUCCUAGCAAAGCCCGAUCAGGGCGAAACUCUAUAUCUGUACAUCGCUGUCUCCGGUUCGGCGGUCAGUGGCGUACUAAUCAAGGAGGACAGAGGAGAACAACACCCAAUCUUCUAUGUGAGUAAAAGCUUAGACGGAGCCGAGCUCCGAUAUCCCACGUUGGAAAAACUCGCUUAUGCUGUAGUUAUUUCGGCCAGAAAUCUUCGGCCGUAUUUUCAAUCCCACACUGUUGAAGUGUUAACCAACCAACCCCUGCGAACCAUUCUCCACAGCCCUAGUCAAUCGGGCCGUCUGGCGAAGUGGGCAGUGGAACUCAGCGAGUACGACAUCGAAUAUAAAAACCGCACUUGUGCAAAAUCUCAGGUGCUCGCUGAUUUCUUGAUCGAACUCCCCCCCGAGCUAGAGUUCGGCUGUCCGCGAGAGGAGAAGUGGACACUGCACGUUGACGGCGCAUCCUCUCGACACGGCUCCGGGAUCGGCAUUCACCUCGCUGGAUCCAUCCGUGAGGUUAAGUAUCCUGACUGGCUGAGCAAUCCUGUAGUGGUUAAGAAAAAGAACGGCAAGUGGCGAGUGUGUGUCGAUUUUACCGAUCUCAACAAGGCAUGUCCAAAGGAUAGCUUUCCCCUGCCACGCAUCGACCAACUAGUCGAGGCAACCGCGGGGAACGAGCUCUUGUCAUUCAUGGAUGCGUACUCCGGAUACAACCAAAUUAUGAUGCACAAGAAUGAUCAGGAGAAAACGGCCUUCAUCACCGAUCAAGGAACUUAUUGUUACAAGGUUAUGCCAUUUGGCCUCAAGAACGCUGGUGCAACCUAUCAGCGCCUCGUCAACCGCAUGUUUGCCGAGCAGCUCGCACGAACCAUGGAAGUUUACAUCGAUGAUAUGCUGGCGAAGCCUACGCAAAAAUCGGAACCAACGAAGUCCAAAAAUUUGUGUGGAAGAACAUCAUUUGCAGGCACGGAAUUCCGUAUGAGAUCGUCACCGACAACGGCGCGCAAUUCACUUCGCUCCAAUUCGAAGGUUUGCGCGAAGUGGAGAAUCCGUUUGAGCAAGUCGAGCCCCCGCUACCCACAGGGCAACGGACAGGCCGAAGCAACCAACAAGACCAUCAUUGACGGACUAAAGAAACGACUCGAAGAUAAGAAAGGUCUCUGGACCGACGAGCUCGAUGGCGUUCUAUGGUUGCACCGAACUUCCCCGCGCCGAUCAACAGGAAAGACACCGUUCUCCCUUGCGCAUGGAAUGGAAGCCCUCGCACCGGAGGAAAUCGGCGUACCUACCUUACGACGCUCAAUGCUCGUGCACGAUCCUACUCUCAAUGCUAAGAUGAUGCUCGAUACCCUCGAUACCCUCGAAGAAGAACGCGACAAGGCUCUUCUUCGAAUUUAG